UAUAUGCCUCUGCAUGCUGUAUUAUGCAACUAUAUUGCUUUCUGAAUUGAGUGGAAUAUGUCAAAAAUAAAUUCUACCAGUGUCUGGCACAGGUUACCUUGUGCCAUAGUUCUAUUCCAGGUAGCUUUGCUUGUGCUUUUUGCUAUCUUUGUGACUUAUGAUGAACACACAGAUGCCAAAUCUCAAACAAAUUUGACUGACGGUACACAGAAUCAGGUGAAUGAAGUAUUUCCAGUGUUUUUGGAUGUACAUGCCAUGAUUUUUAUAGGUUUUAGCUUCCUGUAUGCAUUUAUGAAACAAUAUGGCUUUGCAGGAGUUGCAUUCAAUUUUUUGAUGGCUAACCUCACCAUCCAAUGGGCUGUCAUUGUGCAGGGUUUCUUCCACUUCUACCAUGAUGGCAAGAUUCACAUUGGACUUUACAACAUCUUGGCUGCUGAGUUUGCCUGUGCUGCAAUCCUGAUUUCUUUUGGGGCUGUACUAGGAAAAACAAGUCCUGCACAACUUGUUGUUUUAAUCUUACUGGAAGUCCCUAUAUAUUCAACCUUGGAGUGGGUUGUUGGAGAGUUUCUAAAGGUCAGUGAUGUUGGGGGAUCUAUUAUUAUCCAUGUGUUUGCAGCAUUCUUUGGACUGACAGUCACCAGAGUUCUCUACAGGUCUGGUUUAACCCAGGGCCAUCCAAAGGAUGGUCCGUCCUACCAGUCAGACCUUCUGGCUAUGCUAGGAACACUUUUACUGUGGGUUUUCUGGCCAACAUUUAAUUCUGCAGUUGCCCUGAAAGGAGAUGAUCAACACAGAGCAGCGCUUCACACCUUCCUGUCACUCAGUGCCUCCACAGUGACUGCAUUUGUAAUUUCCAUUGUAUUAGAUGAAAAGGGUAAGAUCAAGAUGGCUCACAUUCAGAAUGCUACCCUUGCGGGUGGAGUAGCCAUUGGGGCUGUCGCUGACAUGAUGAUUUCUCCAGCUGGUGCGAUUACAUUGGGAUGCCUGGGCGGCAUGGCUUGUACUCUUGGCUUUGAAUACUUAACUCCAUUUUUGGCCAAGAAACUGAAGAUCCAAGAUCAGUGUGGCAUCAACAACCUGCAUGGAAUUCCAGGAAUUAUAUCAGCCAUUGCAGGCAUUGUAUGCAUCUUGCUGUCAUCUGAGGAAAAUUAUGGACUUAGCCUUUAUGAAACAUUCCCACACAUGAGUCCACAGGUAGAUGAUCCAAGGCUGCAAGAGCUCCUGCAUGACUUCCCAGCACUGAAGGCAGGGUUUGGCCGAAGAGCAUCAGAUCAGGCCCUUUACCAAGCUGCAGCACUGGCAGUGACAAUUGCUACAGCUCUAGUUGGUGGCUGCCUAACAGGAUAUACAAUGAAAAUACCUUUUUUAACACAGCCAACAGAUGACCAGUGCUUCAGUGAUGAACCAUAUUUCAAAGUGCCACAUACAGGGGAAAAGGAGAAGGCACUUGAGAAGGACUUUAAGAAUUCUGAGUUAACAUGCCCCUUUAAGGAGAAUUGUGUUUAACAUACUAUGCAUGAACAUCCCUUUCCACAGUGACUGUAUUUCAAGUACAUGUUCAAAUUCUAUUAUAAAAGAUUGCUUAGUAGAUUCAUUAUAUUUAAGAUGAACUUUAUUCCCCAACUGCUGCAUUUGUCUGAAAAGUACAUUUUAUGAAAUUCUACUAACAACAAUAGUAUGGAGAAACUGCUAUAGCCCAGGAGCAAGAAUGAUUUACUGGUAUCAGUGCAUACGUUUUUUAAGUUGGUUAUAAAUAAGCUAAGAAAGCCUACUAAGUUCAUAGGUCAAAACAUUUCUGUAUCAUGCAGUGGACAAUUGUUAACAAGUGGCAAGAAGGCAUUUGAUUUAUUUGAAAGUAAUCCUUUUCUAAGGGUCACAAUCACAUUCUGCAUAUAGAGAGUAUGUGUGUAUGUGAUUUGUGCAUGUGUUGUGUACUUUUAUAUGUGUGUGGGCAUGAGCUUAUGUGUUCAUGUGUGCAUGUAUGUGUCUGUGUGCCUGUAUGCAAUUCUUUAGAAGAUUUACUUAGCUACCUCUUACAAAACUGAACUUACUCAGUUGUGUAUUCAAGAAACGAGGGAAAAUCCCACUGUGACUUGCAUUGUGUUAUACAGUAUCAAGAUAUAGGAAUUAUUCCGUAGAUAUUAUACAUUACAUAUUUUAAAUAUACCUGCCUACUUCCUGAUGAGAAGAAACAUAUUAAUAAUAGGAGAAGUCUGUUGACAAUGUAUUUUGUACCUUACCAAAGCAUAUUUUAAACAGUUGUUAUGCAGUCACAGUCUAAGAGCAUGUGCUAUGUAUAUGUAUAGUAUGUUUGAUAAACUCUGCCAUUUAGAUUAAUCUAAGAAUAAAACAGAGUCCAAAAUAAAGGUGUAUUGAUCAGC